AUGGCCCUUACGCAGACGGUUACCAUCAUCAAUAACUCGGGCAAGAUCAUAAGUACCGGCAAACAACUAGCCGGUAUCUUCAAGGAAGCCAAAGCAUCCUACCAAGAGAAGAAGGCCGCCAUCAAGGCCGAUCGCGAGGUCCUUAAGCGCGCGCAGACCUUCGACACCUCUCGCGAUCUCCCGCCCGAGGCCUUUGACCGCCGCUACUCGCACGACGAUGGCCGUUCCGUGGCCAGCUCCCGGAGGAGUCACCGCUCCAGACGGUCCCGGUCGAGCCACCGAUACCACGACCACGACGUUGAGUAUUACCCUCGCCGGGCCCUGACCGAGGACAACCUCAAGACGCAUUCCGAAGUCUCGAGCGUCACGCCGUCGAGGGCGCCGCCUCCCUCCGCCUACCGCGUUCCCUAUGCCGAGACGGCGCCGCGCGACAUGGCCAUGAGCCGCCCGACCUUGCAUCACUACACGACGGCACCGACAGGCAGCGAGAGCAUCGCGGACUCGGCGACGAUCCGCGGCUCCAUGGUCCCGCGCACCAUGUCCAUGCCCGUGCUGGCCAAGGACCGCAAGGAGAAGGAUAUCGACAUGGACCUUGCCUACGGCAAUAUCCCGCCCGAUCUGCAGGACCGCACCGACCUGGACCCCUUGACCAAGGAGAGGGAGGCAAAGACGCUCGUCGCCAGGGUCGAGGGGCUCCUUGACGAGGCCAAGUGCAUGCACCACUCGGCCACGGCGACCAUUGCCCACCUGCAGGGGAACCCGGACGCCGCCGCCGCCGUGGCGCUGACACUCGCCGAGCUGUCGACGCUGCUGAAGCAAAUGUCGCCGGCCUUCCUGUCCGUCAUCAAGGGGGGCUCGCCCGCCGUCUUCGCGCUGCUCGCGUCGCCGCAGUUCCUCAUCGCGGCGGGUGCGAGCAUCGGCAUCACGGUGGUCAUGUUCGGCGGGUGGAAGAUUGUGAAGCAGAUCAAGGACGCGCAGGCCCAGAGGCAGGCAGCCAUCGCCAAUGCCAUCGCUCUCGAGGCCCAGCCCGCCCCGCAUGCAAUCGAGUACGACUACCCGCCGCCGGAGCAGCAGCAGUAUAGCGACGCCUACGGCCAGCCGCGGGAGGGCAGCGUCGCGUACGACGAGGCGUACGUGCUCGACCCGCGGCUCGACGAGGAGCUUAGCUCGAUCGAGAGCUGGCGGCGCGGCAUCGCGCCGUUUGGCGAGGACGAGAGCGCCGACACGGAGCUCAUCAGCCCGGAGGCGGCGCGUUCGAUGCGCGGCGACCCGGACACGCACACGGAGCGGAGUUUCCGUACGCAGCGCAGCUCCAGGACGCACCGCAGCUCGAGGACGGAGAGGACGGAGAGGACAGAAAGAACGGAGAGGACGGAAAAGUCGCACCACUCGUCGCGGUCGCACCGCAGCAGCAGCGCGCGCGAGUCCCAAGCGCCCGAACGCAUGAGCAGCGUGGCGGGAUCCGAGAGGGAGAGGGAGAGGGAGAGGGACGCCGAGAGCGUCGCCAGCAGCCACCGCAGCCACCGCAGCUCCCGGUCGAAGCGCAGCGAGCGGGCCCCGACGCUGGCCAUCGAGGACGGCAGCCGGCAAAAAGAAGAGAACGAGGCCGUUGAGGCGGUGCUGCGGCCCAAGAAGAACAACAUGCUCAAGAACUUGUUCAAGAAGAAGGAGAAGGAACACCGGGACCGGGAGGAGAGGGUCUCUGCUCUGGUGUUUUGA